UCUCGAGUCGCUUGUGUUCGCUGUUGCUGCCGGCUGAACAGGGGAAGGUUCAGACGAAGGAAAUCUGUUUCUUCUGCCUUUCAUACAAUGGCAGAAACGUUAGCGGAACUUAUAAUUCGUGAAGUAAAACGCAGACGCAUUCUGUGGGAUAUCAAGCACAACACUUAUCAUAAUCGGAAGCUUGUGGACAGGGCAUGGAGCGAGAUAGCAGAAAAUGUAGGAGAAACAAAGGAGACAGUUAAGACCAAAUGGAAAAACCUGCGAGACACUUUCCGCAAAGAGCUCAAAAAGGCACCGAGAAGUUGCUCCGGGGACGGUGAAGAGCACGCUCCGCGCUACCUUGGGUCUUGGCCUCACUACGGCGCCAUGUUGUUUCUUCGGUCUGUCAUUACACCAAGACUGACCAAAGGCAAUACUGAGGAUCCUGUUGUUUCAAACACAAUCGCCGCAGCUGCGAAUGAAUGCGACAUUGAAUGUGUUCAAUUUAAAGAAGAAGUUGAUACCUACGGAAGUGACAGUGAAUCUUUCCAGUCGUUUCAAUUGAACGCGUCUUCUGAUCAGCCACUUCCAUCUUCACAGCUCUCAACUUCCGUACUACAUGAAACAUGUGAGAAAACUCGAGGUACAGAAGUAAGAAUGUUACAGUCUAACAAUCAGAUGGAAUUAGAACAGCUUGAAAAUUCCUUUCCCGGCACGACUGAGCCAGCUCAUGCAAACAGAAUAUCCUCUGCUGCGUCCAAAACACGCAACACCAUGAGUUCCAUAAAUUUUGAUGAGGAUUUGUUGGAAACCGAGUCUAAAACACUUUCGUUGCUAAGAGGGCAGUCUGAUGAAGAUGACGAGGAUAUGCAUUUCUUCAAAUCCCUUCUACCUCACGUCAAGCAGCUCCCUUCCAUUAGUAAGUUGUAUUUUCGAAGCCAAGUUCAAAACGUAUUGGCCCAUGAGCUGUCUAAAAUAUAGAGCCCCCUCCUUCAGUUUCUACAUGUCAGAAAAGUCCUUCUUCUGCCUCGUUUGUCACAAGCGGAUCCAUAUAUUGCCAAAUCACGCGGCACCCCCCGGUGAGCAUUAAUGAUGCAUAAGCGUGCCUAACAACGUUUUCACGAAUUGUGCCAUGUUUCCACGAGAACCAUAACCUGACAUGCCGUUUUCUUUUACUAAAGCAGCUCUGUAACUUUGUUUUUCUCCCAUCCGUUAAGAAUGCCCAGUUCUCUCCUUUGUAUUCUUUAAUAAAAUAGGCUUAUUAAAAACGAGAUUGUUUCAUUUUGUUA